UCUCUCACAUUUGAUCUAUUAAUUUUGUUAAAAACUUCCGAGGCUAACUUGAGCGUCUUAGGUUCCCUGCCAGAGCACACUUCUGCAGCCCUUCACUGUCUUUCCUCCUGCUUUCAGGUUGUGCUUUCUUCUGUACCAGCUGCCUCUACCUAAAUAUUCUACACUGAUUUUCAAGAAUGAAGAAUUUGUUUCCCUUUGAAAAGCUGCGGGAUCUUCAUGUUCAUGAUUGCAAAGAGUAAUAGUAUAGAAAAAAGAGGAAGGAAAUCAGACAAUGGAUGGAAGAGCUACACUCACUCUUCCAAAAUUAACCUUCUUUGGGACUUACAUGACGAAACAGAAUUGAAGAGAAUCUGCUUGAGCAAUGCAAGUUUGCUUGAAGAAUUGGCCAUUGGGAUUUCUUUGUACAAGGAUGAGAUUAAUGGAGGUUAUAUGAAUGUAUAUGUAAUACCUGUUGGCUCCUCAAUAGGGUACAAUGGGGCUAUGCUGUGGAGUCGGAUCCUCUUAGAGUUGGCAGAAAGGAAUUCGCCUUUGUUUCAAUAAAUAUGAUUGAAAUAGAGAAGCCAAUAAUCUGCUUUUUGUGAAAUCCCUGGUUAGAGUUGUGUUUUAAACCAAUAGGCCUUCUGCUGUCACCAAGUUUGUGGGUUUAUUUGACAAGAGAGAAAGUUUCUCUUGGACUUAGCCAACGGUGCCCAUAAUUUCCUAUUGAACUGCUUCAGAUAUCCACAAACAAAACCCAAGAUUUCUUCAUGUAAGGAUAGAGUUUUGCAGGU